CCAACGGAAAAAGCAAAGAGAGAACGAUGUGCGGCGGCGCCAUCCUAGCGCAGCUGAUCCCGCCGUCGGCGGGCCGUGCCCCGAAGCAGGUGGCCGCCGGCGGGGUCGCGCCCAAGAAUGGCGGCAUGAGCAAGAGGCACCACAGCAGCACCCCCGAUGUCGACGACUUCGAGGCCGCCUUCGAGGACUUCGAGGACGACGUCGACCUGCAGGCGGAGGACGACGGCGACGACCAUGCCGUUUUUGCAUCCAAGCCCGCCUUCUCCACGGCCUACUAUGAUGGCCGCGCGGCGCAGGCGGCCAGCAGGAAGAAGAGCGUCCGCCGCCUCCACGGCAUCCGGCAGCGGCCGUGGGGCAAGUGGGCGGCGGAGAUCCGCGACCCGCACAAGGGCACCCGCGUCUGGCUCGGAACGUUCGACACGGCCGAUGACGCCGCCCGGGCCUACGACGUCGCCGCCCGCCGCCUCCGUGGCAUCAAGGCCAAGGUCAACUUCCCCGACGCGGCGAGGGCCGGGGCGCGCUCGCGCCGCGCCAGCCGGAGAACUGCGCAGAAACCGCAGUGCCCGCCUGUGCGGACGACGGCGUACUCUGCCACCGCAGCUGCACACGCACACGUAGUACAGGCGGAGCAGGACGCUAUGAUGAUCAAACCUGAGCUGAUGGAGUUUUUUGAUGCGGACGCGUUCGUCGACCUGACCGCCGCCGUCGCCGCGCUGCCGCCUGUCACUGGCGCGAAGAAGCCGAUGGUCGAUGAGGAUUCGUCGGAUCGGAGCGGCGGCUGCGCCAUGCUGGUGUUCGCCGACGAGCUUGGGUUCGAUCCGUUCACGCUGUUCCAGCUCCCCUGCUCGGACACCUACGAAUCCAUCGACAGCCUCUUCGCCGGGGACGCCGUCAUCCAGGAUGCCCUCGGCGUGGACACUGGCAUGGAGGGCGUCAGCCUCUGGAGCUUCGAGGAGUUCCCCAUGGACAGCGCCAUUUUUUGACGUUUCCGUGCGAUGCGCCCGAUCGGUUGAACGAAGGAAGGGCGCAGCCGAGCUAUUUUUUUUAAAUAAUACACUUUUUUAUGAAUUUUCAGAAAUAUUACGCUGAAUACAAAUUUUUUAAAAAUAAUACACCGUCGGUCCUCUGCUGGCCGACUGGGCCUAAUCAGCCCACAGCAGGCCGACUGGGCCUAAUCGACCUCGGCCUAGGGGUGGCCGACACGCCUCUCGACCGCAGGCAGGGGAGCCAGUCGGCCUAUGGGAAGCUGAUUGGGACUAAUCGGCCUUCCGUAAGCCGAUAGGUGCAUGGCCAAUGCAAUCGUACGUGGGUUCGAGUCCCGCGCUGGUUAGUGUGGCUUGUGAGGCUAGCUAGCUGGCAAACAAUAAAAAAAACUGGCAAUACCAUAUGGUGCAUGCGGCGACCGGGAUCAAGGAGCGUGGCUAUCCGUGCGUGGCCUGAUGUCGUUGUUGACUAGGUCCCGAUCGCUCCUCGUGAUUACUUUUCGUCGGUCGACCGAAUGCGUAUGUACACUGGCUAAGUACUACGACCUGCGGAUUGCUUUCUGGCAAGAUGUGCGAAUACACAAGGCACGCUUGAUCGAUUCUUCCAGGAGACAACACGCACUACGUAACAAGCUAGCUACCAAAGCCUGCUGUAUCGAUCUUGACGUAACAAGCUAGCUAUCGAAGCCUGCUGUAUCGAUCUUGACGCUAGCUAGUUGAUUAAUCGGUAUUGCCGACUAAUGGUGUCACGUCUAAACCGUAUGUAUUAUGGAAUCGGUAUUGC